AAAAGGUAAACAGUGACUCAAUCAUGAUUAGUCACUCAUAGGAUAUGAAAUAGAGCUGCGGGCAGACCCAGAAGAUCAGAAUCUGACACAGAGAAACUGAGAAGGAAAAUGAAGCUCCAACAAGUGCUCUGCCUGUGCGUGCUGCUGGUGGCAGCUUGGGCUACUGAGUUUGAAGACAUUGGAGGAGGUGUUCGUGGAAAUCGCCCGGUUGAGCAUAGCCACAAGUCGGCUGACGCAUGUGAAACAGAGAGCUGGCCAAUGUGCACGGAUGGUGACUGGGGCCCCAAAUGUCCAUCUGGCUGCCGUAUCCAAGGCCUCCUGGACAAAACUGACCACGAUCUGCUGGGCAGGAUCGACAAGAUCCGCCAACUCCUUGACGACAAUCGUCAGAAGUACCGCUCCACCGACCAGUCAUCCAAGCAGACAUACGACUACCUUCGUGAUCGUCUCACCACCAGCUCAGGCGAUGACAACAAGUACAUGUCGCUGGCGGAGUCCCUGAGGCAGAGGAUUGUGGACAUCAAGAUUAAGAUUGAACGCCAGCUGAACAUUCUGGAGGCCUUCAAGAGCCGUAUCAGAGACCAGGUCAUAGAGAUGCAGAGACUGGAGGUGGACAUUGACAUGAAGCUGCGCAACUGCAAGGGCUCGUGUGCUGAGUACGCCGAGUUCUCUGCUGACCGGGAGAGCUACGUGGCUAUUGACAAGCAGCUGGACCAGUUGGAGUCCAUCCGGGUCAACAGUGUGGAGAGAGUGGGCGCCCUGCGGGUGAUGAAGAGCCGGCAACUAAAGGAGGUGGUCGUGCCGUCCAUCUACAAGUCUGGGCUGGGCGCUGAGGAGCAGAAGCAGUACUUCACGGAUGUGGGCCAGACUGAGCUGACGCUGCAGGGCGAAGGGGGCACCACCUACAGAGGGGGCACUGCACCACUCACGGCCUCCUCAUCACACCCCCACUCCUCGUCUUCAUCAUCCCCCCACUCAUCAUCAUCAUCAUCAUCAUCAUCACACCCCCACUCCUCGUCUUCAUCAUCCCCCCACUCAUCAUCAUCAUCUUCCUCUCACUUCUCGUCUUCAUCAUCCCCCCACUCAUCAUCAUCAUUCCCCCACUCGUCGUCAUCAUCAUCGUCAUACCCCCACUCAUCUUCAUCAUCAUCAUCAUCAUCAUUCCCCCACUCGUCGUCAUCAUCAUCGUCAUACCCCCACUCAUCUUCAUCAUCAUCAUCAUCAUUCCCCCACUCUUCAUCAUCAUCUUUACCCCAUUCCUCUUCAUCAUCUUCUUCACACUUUUCUUCUUCAGGAUUCCCUGACUCCUCUUCUUCAUCAUCUUCCCACUCAUCAUCAUUCCCCCACUCCUCCUCCUCCUCCUCCUCAUCUUUCCCCCACUCAUCAUCAUCAUCAUCAUCAUUCCCCGACUCCUCUGCAUCAUCUACCUCCCACUCUUCCACAUCCACCCACAGUACGAAAUGCACCCGCACCGUCCGCAAAGUCAUCCAUCACACCAAAGACGGGCCCGUGGAGAGGGUGGAGGAGGUGUUAUCCGGAGAAGGUUGCGAUGCCAUGGGAGGAGGUGACCGGUCCAUGACCGCCUUCACCCAUGGAGGCGCUGCUGAUUUCUUUGGUGGUGAUGUCUUCAAGCGUUUUGGUAGUGCGUUUGAUGACAUGUCUUCCCCAUUUGGCAGCGCAGGUUCCACUAAAACCAUGGAGUCCACUGGCAUGAGCUCUACCAAGAGCCUGCUGAGUGGCACCAAAACAGGUUCCGCCUCCGGGCGUGGUGACGCAGAUGACUUGCCCGACAUCUUCGCCCGGGGCUAGAGACCGGGAUUUUGAGAAAAUCUACACAAGCAUAGAGUGAUUUGCUGGCAGGCUUUGAUUGCAGCAAUGCAGUACUAGAAAGUGAACAAAUAUCCAAGCAGACUUUCUUUGGACAAAAAAAAUCCAUUGGCAAAUAGCUAUAUUGAUGUCAAGACUAUGUUACACAAUCUGUCAAUCUGUCAUUGGCCAGGUAAAUUGGUAAUAAGAGCAAGUAGAUUAAACAAGGUUUUAUGAAGACAUUGUAAGAUUUUGCUUCUAUGACUGUUUUGAGUGUUUUGCUGCAAUUGGAAGCCAUUUAAAAUGUGUGUUUUAUCAAUAAAGAUGAUGUUGUUCACUAUA